AUGCCGACUGUUAGCAUCGCUUCAAACAUCAAGCGUGAACAGAUUCCAGAUAAUUUCAUCAUCGCUACAAACCUCAAGCGUGAACAGAUUCCAGAUAAUUUCAUCCAAGAAGCAUCAAAGCUGAUUGCCUCAAAACUGAUGAGCUUUGGUGGUACAGAAGAACCAUGUACCAACAUCUCCCUUAGCUGCAUUAGAGUGGUUGGCCCAGACAAGAAUACAAAAACUGAUUCUACAUCAAUAUCUUUGAUACCCCAAGAUCUGACUGUGUGGAAUGGCAACACAUUUGGCUAA